AUUAAUAGUAAAGCAGACGUGUACUGCCAUCUUUCUCUAACCUGUAAUAGAGUGGUUUGUGCCCACAAGAACUCUGUCAUUAUUAGACCUCUUUUUCAAUUUUUGAAUUUUUUUUUCCCAUACUCCCCUUAAUAUUUCAUGUACGAAGUAUCAUUGUCAUUUAAACUCUGUCUUCAAGAAGAGGGAGGAGGAAAGGGUGCUUAUAUAUUCAAGAAAAUCAAGAGAAUUUUAGUAUUUUAGCUGAUGGAAGACCGUAAGGAGAGGAAUACACAAUGGCUAUCCGUGCCGCAGUUUGGGGACUGGGACCAAAAGGGAGUGUUGCCGGACUACUCUAUGGAUUUUUCAAAAAUACGAGAAAUGAGGAAGCAGAACAAGAGGGAUCCGUCAAGAGCUAGUCUGGGGAACGAGGAAGAGCUCAUAUCUUCGACGAGAAGAGAUACCAACACUUCCCACAGUGUUCAACACAACUAUCAUCAGAACCACUCUCCAACGGCGAGGAGGAGCUUCUUCAGCUACUUUAACUGCUGCGUCAAGGCCUGAUUCUUGACGGGUCAAUUGGGCGCACUUUCUAGUUUUUGUGUUGAUUGAUGUAAUGCAGAGUCGUUCAUCAUUCACUGUGUUUUGACAGUUUUUUAUGGGAAGAAUUUGAGUUGUCGAUGCCUUUGUGAAUUCUACGUGUCUAGUUGUCCUCCCCCUCCUCGUUCCCUUCCAUUUCAUGCCUGCCAGGCUCGUUGCGAACCGGACGUUCCGUGUUCCUUGCAUAGUGUAGAUAUUCAUGUUGUUGUUCUACUAUCAUGCAUUUAAACAAGGAUCCACUCUACUUGCAUAUGGUGGAUUGUUUCUAAUGCCGUUUCUUUGCGAGUUUUUGGAAAAUUUGUCCGUUAAGAGUUGUGGAUGCUAAGGCGGAGUGGAUUUUCUUUUA